AUGGCUAUGGUUUUGACGAACACAGCUCUAGUAGUUCUAGAUAUGCAGAAAUAUUUUGUUGGCCCAGGAAGUCAAGCUUUUGGUCAAGCUAUUGUUCCUUCAGUAAUAGAAGCAGUAGAUAUUGCACGAAAGCGCGGUGUUCUUGUAGUUUGGGUUGUUCGGGAACAUGACCGUCUGGGACGAGAUAUAGAAUGCUUUCGUAGACACAUGUAUGGUGACAACAAGAUUGGCCCAGUUGCUAAGGGAAGCAAGGGGGCAGAAUUAGUGGACGGCCUUGUGAUUACCGGAGAUGAUUAUAAGUUAGUGAAGACACGGUUUAGUGCCUUUUUCGCAACAAACCUGGAUUCAUUUCUACGUAGUUCUUGCAUGGAGAAAUUAGUUGUUGUAGGUGUUCAAACCCCAAAUUGUAUCAGGCAGACUGUUUUUGAUGCGGUAUCAUUAGAUUAUAAAUCAGUUGCGGUCAUUACCGAUGCCACAGCUGCUUCUACACCUGAAGUACAUGAGGCCAAUUUGUUCGACAUGAAGCAAAUCGGUAUAGACACACCAACACUGCAGGAAUGGUGCGAAUCCGAUGCAUGA